UUAUUCUGUGAUUUAACUAUUAAAUUUUAUAAUUAUUAUUACUUAUUAGUUAUUUAUAAUUAAUAUGAAAAUUUAAAUUUGUAGGUGCCUACUACCUACAACUAUUUAUUGGAUUUAGUUUAAACAUUGUAAGAUACUUUAAAAUUAUUCUCACAGUUUAUUAAUAAAUUAAAAUGAAUUCAUUAGUUGCCGACUAUGGAGAUGAAACAGACACAGAUUCAUUGGAAAGCGAUCAACAUCUAAAUGAAAACAUUGAGGACUUGAAGACUGUUGAUGAAUAUAAAUCUGAGAAUAAGCUUCCUGCACCGAGAUUUAAAGAAACUGGUAUAAUCAAUGAAUCUGUCUUUAGAAAUCCUUAUUUGGAAGCAGAACGAGCUAAAAGUGCAGUAUUAGAAAAACAUGUCAAAAUGGUUCCUGCUAAGGAACAUCUUACAAAAGUCAAUGGAAAAAAUAUAUGUUGGAUGAACAAAAAAGGUCGUUGCCGUUUUGGUAAUAAAUGUAAAUUUGCUCACGAUUCAGAAUUAUUUAAUGGGCCAAAUAUAAUCAAUGAAGACAAAUCAAAUAAGGAGAGUUUUAAUUUGAAUAAUAAAAAGAAAAGACCUGGAUUAUCACAAACUUUAGUACCAGAAAAAAAAAUACUUAAAAUAUUCAAAAAAACAGAAAUGUCUAGUGUGCAUUCAUAAAAUAUUAACUU